AUGGCCCUGCUCCAGAGAGCGAGCGCGCUCCGUGCACAGCAGCAAGUGCAGCGGCUGCGAGGCGGUUCUGCCCCGCUGCACGGUGUUGAUGGGGAUGGGGUCAGCGCUGCCAUCCGAGCCGGGGUACCCGGGCCGUGCGGGAGCAGCCGGGCGGGCUUCGGGCUUCCCGCAGCGGUGACAGCGACCCUUUCGCUUUCAGCUUUCCCACGACUCCUCCUCGGCAGAGCAAAUGUUACGAGCAAAGAGCACAUCUGGAACAACACGCUGGCUGCAAUGGACCACUUAAUAUCCCCGCCUGAACAUCGACUCCUAGUUUUCCCGGGAGUAGAUGUACCUUUACAUGCCCCUAAAGUAAAUGAUUCUUUAAUAAAAGCAUUACUGAUUUGCUAAGAUAAAAAUUCCACAUGGCAGAGAGACAUGGAAGACAGGUUUAUUGUGCUGGACAACCAUAAAAGUAGGUCAGAUACAUGCUUUCUGGAGAUUCAUGAUGGUUGUCACGGUGUGACAGCUACAGAAACAAUUGUAGCAAAGCUUCCACUUCUAUUUCUUGAACAGCUUUCUCACAUAGAUUCCUCCCACAAAAAUAAAAAUGACAAAGAGCAAAUUCUAGAAUUUUUUGCCAGACUAAUCAAGGCAGAUUACAGGAAAAAAGAGAAGAACCAAGCAAUGAGGAGACCAACAAGCCAGUCUAUUGUGAAAGUGUAUGCUAAGUCCUUCUGGAAAAUCAGAUUUUUACAGCUGGGAAGGAAUGAGGUUUCCAAAGUUCACUGGAGUGGUGGUUCAGCUGGAAAAAGAAUUCCUAGAGAAGAGAUGGAUGGCAAAAGAAAACAUCCUGAAAACAACACACACAGCCCAUUAGCCAGGACAGUCAAAGGUGGUGUUGCUGGGCUCGUGCAUGUUGCUAUUACAGGUAAGUAUAUUCCAUACCAGGAUUUUGUCUCUCAAGAGCACAGCACUUCUAAUGUGAGAGAAAAACUUCAGAAUGGUGGAAACAUCAGCACUAAUAAACCAGAUUUGUAGAGAACUACAAGGGCUCUUGGACAUGACAGAGCUCCAGUACAAAGAACGUGUGUUAUAUCUGUACUUCAUACUGCAUCUGUCCCUAUCAAUGUUACUUGCCAGUUUCUUAUUUUGACUUCUAAUGGGCUUUGAGGGGUUCUGGAUUACCUAAAGUACUUGCACCAACUCUUAACAUCCACUCAUUACUUGAGAACGCAUGAAUGCUGUUCAACAAAAGAGGACACCGUGUGUCAGUAUCUAGAAUCCCUCACUGGAGGCAACUUAACUGACUCAAACACUAUUAAUCAUCUGCAAGAUAGAAUACAGCUAUUUUAUUCCAACCAAAAUAUUUUUCAGAGUGACUGUUCCAGGAAGAAUUACAGGCAUAGCAAAAAUUGAAUUCUUAAUAAGGAAACCAAUGAUCACAAAAAUCAACCUAAUCCAGAACUGUCUCUUUUUAGUAACAAUGAAGUAAAUUCAAAGAAUAGAGAUACACUGCUCCAAUUCUGUGACGUUGGUCAAGAACUGCUAAAGACUGUAUCACCACUGGGUUCCAAACCACCACCACAGUUUGAAAAAGACACAAAAAUGUAGCCAAUCAAUUGCAAAUCACAAGCUGCAGAGGAGACAGAGUCAGCUCAGAGACACUGCAAUGCAACAAGUCACCGUGAACAACUGGCAAAGACUGCAUUAGCUGCAGGUUCAAGAGACAAUAUUACUAUUUUGAUCAUACUUCUAAAUGGAUGUGAUAAGAUACCCAAUUACCUCAACAUUUAAAGAUUUAUCACAGGAUAACUGGAGUGCCACAAUAUAUAUAGGACAAGCUUAUAUUUAGCUGUGCCAUGAAUUUAUUGUAAGCAUCUUAAAUGCUGACCCAUACAGUGAAUCAGACAUCUUGUCUGGAACUGUACAAAUGCAGUAAAACCUCCUGAAACUCUGAAUAAGAACCAGUAAUCAAAAUUUUUUUAAACCACUUUAUUCAAACCUGAGCACCUCAAUAUAAAACUAAACACUGGUGAACUGUCAUUUUUCUUGCUAAACCCAGAUUACCGCAAAUUUAAAAUCUGCACAAGUAAGUUUCUAUCAGUUCAACAUU